AUGGCUGCAGCUCCGAUUCCAUCCCAUGCGUGCUGGUUCUGUUCGUUCAACAACACAUCGAGGUGCGAAGAAUGCGAAUCUUGUGGUGGGCCGACGAUUCCGACUCUCGACCAUGAGUCAAGGUCAAUUCAAUUUCAUACCUUCUUUUACGGUUCACACGCGGACCCAACAAGAAACUCAGCUCCCCUCCAACGACCUGCCGCGGCGAACACUUUGACUUUGGUGCCGCAAAGAGGAUUUGCUAUUUGUGUCGGCGACGGAGUCAACCGUGCUCUAUUCAUUCGAUAUCAUGCAGGCACAGCAAAGGGAAUAAACGGAAAAGAUGUGAUGAGAAUGGGAUAUAGGGUCGGAACGGGAGGAACAGUCGUGUGUAAAUCCAAUUUGGCUGACGAUGAUAUCCACAAGUGGAUCAACAAUUAUGAUAAGAUAAUGUUCGAUCACUGCGUCGCUAUUGUUCGAUAA